UAUACAAUGAUCUUAAACGUCAAAAUUGCUUCGGAGUUAUUACCAAGAGCCAAGAUGAAGCUGAACAUUCUAUAGAAAUGCAGUUGCCUUAUAUCGCUCAUGUUAUGAAAAGCCGGAAGGAUCAAUAUACUAUAGUUCCUAUAGUUGUUGGUGGUUUGUCGUUUAAAAAACAAGAAUUCUUCGGAAACCUGCUAUCACAUUACCUUGAGGACGAAAAGAACAUCUUUGUGAUAUCUUCAGACUUUUGUCAUUGGGGAAAACGCUUUCGAUAUCAAUAUUACAAGGAAUCCGACGGAGAAAUAUGGCAAUCCAUUAUGAAACUCGAUCACUUGCAAAUGUUUAGCUAUGUUUUAAACCUAUUUAUUACUUUUAAAGGGUCUAGAGGCGAUACAGAGUCUAGAACCUACAAGAUUCAAGGAGUAUCUUGAGGAGUAUGGCAAUACAAUAUGCGGCAGAAGAGGUAUAGGCAUAUUGUUACAUAUGGUGGCAUCUAUUCAUCAAAAGAAGACGGGCGACAUGCAGCUUAAAGUCAUGCAGUAUACACAGUCAAAUCGUUGUCAAACAAUGGAAGACUCAUCUGUAAGCUAUGCAGCAUGUGUGUUAGUCAAUAAUCAUUAAAUAUACAAAGAGAAUACAGAACGUAU